AGUAUAGCUACAUUUUGUUAAUCAAAAGAAGUUAACUGCCUAAGCUUUUGUCUACUACCUCAUUCUAUAUAACUUCUCCAAAUCCUUCACCAAAAGGAUACAAACAUUAGAUCCUUAGUAACAUUUGCCUCACCUCAGACAUUUCCAUUCAGAAAUUCAGACAUGUCUAACAUUGGGAUUAAUGUAAGACAAGGAGAACCAACUAGAGUUCAUCCUGCAGAGGAAACAGAAAAGGGGCUGUACUUCCUUUCAAACCUUGACCAGAACAUUGCGGUUCCGGUUCGCACUGUUUACUGCUUCAAAUCAUCUUCAAGAGGGAAUGAGGAUGCUGCACAUGUUAUCAGGGUUGCCUUGUCUAAGAUUCUUGUCCCUUAUUACCCUAUGGCUGGGAAAUUGGUUAUCAGCACAGAAGGGAAGUUGAUAGUGGAUUGUAACACAAUGGAGGGUGCUGUCUUUGUUGAGGCUGAAGCAGAUUGUGACAUAGAAGACAUAGGAGACUUAACAAAGCCAGACCCUGAUUCUCUUGGGAAACUGAUUUAUAACACCCCUGGUGCUAGGAGCAUACUUGAGAUGCCUCUCAUGACAGUUCAGGUGACAAAGUUCAAAUGUGGGGGAUUUACUAUGGGGCUAAACUUGAUCCAUUGCAUGAAAGAUGGACUAAGUGCUAUGGAGUUUGUGAAUGCUUGGAGUGAGACAGCAAGAGAUUUGGACUUAAAGACUCCACCAUUUCUUGACAGAACCAUCCUCAAAGCACGUGACCCUCCUAUAAUAGAGUUCAAACACCAUGAAUAUGAUGAAAUUGUAGAUCUAUCAGAUACUAAAAAACUCUAUGAAGAAGAAAAGAUGCUCUACAGAUCCUUCUGUUUCGACCCCAAGAAGCUUGAAUUGCUCAAGAAAAAGGCCACUGAAGAUGGGGUUGUGAAAAAGUGCUCAACUUUUGAAGCACUCUCAGGAUUUGUAUGGAGAGCUAGAACUGAAGCCUUGAAGAUGGAACCUGAUCAGAAAACAAAGCUUCUCUUUGCAGUGGAUGGAAGAACUAGAUUUGUGCCUCCAAUACCAGAUAGAUAUUUUGGCAAUGCUAUUGUGCUUACACAUUCUGUGUGUAAAGCAGGAGAGAUUGUGGAGAAUCCUCUGUCAUUUUCUGUGGGAUUGGUUCACAGUGCAAUUGACAUAGUCACAGAUAGUUAUAUGAGAUCUUCCAUUGAUUAUUUUGAAGUUACAAGAGCUAGGCCUUCCUUAACAGCUACACUUUUGAUCACAACAUGGACUAGGUUGUCUUUCCACACUACAGAUUUUGGCUGGGGCGAACCUUUGUGUUCUGGUCCUGUGACCUUGCCAGAGAAAGAAGUCAUUUUGUUCUUGUCAAAUGGUCAAGAUAGGAAAAGCAUAAAUGUGCUUCUGGGAUUGCCUGCUUCUGCCAUGGAGACUUUUGAAGCACUGAUGAUGCAGGUGUGAAAUUGCAGGAAGUGAACAUAUCAUUUCUAUACAUAUAAGUGUGCAAUUGAAUUUAUGUUGAAUUCAACAUCAACAUGAUUCAUGUUGAAGUUAAUGAAGUUAAUGUGUUAAAAUGUUACUUGUUUAUGUAUUUGGAUGUGUGUUUUAUGUUUUGCCUCAACCCAAACAUACACAAAGUUUAUGUAAGUCAUGGGAUAAUCUCAUUUCCCAUCAUUAUAUUUACUUAUUUAGAAAGUAAAAAGAUAUAUAAAUGUGGUGUAAUUGAAAUGGGUAUGAAAUACAUUGUUGAAAUUUGUAACAAAGUCAUUCAAUUUAAACGUAUGUAUCAUGAAAUUCUAUAUUUGAAGCGGCAUUUCCCUGCUA